AUGUUAGUUAUGGAGGAGCUUGAAAAUUUGGAAGAGACGCUCAAUGAAAGUAUCCGGGAGAGUAUGGGUGCACGUGCUGGAAGGAUGUCUCAUGGUAAGAAGAAAGGUGCAACAGAAGACGAUGAAGAAUAUUUGAGGUACAUAAUCAGAAAGUUCGCUAUCAAAAUAUGGGGAAAAACUGUAACAAUUGCCAUGCAUGUUAAAGUCGUGACUAGGUUUACGAUUCUUUAA